AUGGUGACGUCAGCGCGGCAUAGUGAUGCAGGGCUAGCGCUACCAGUGCCCGGAGGCCUCCGCGCCGCUCCGCUGAUGGCGGCCUUCGCUAGCAGUAGCAGCAGCAGCGGGGGCGGGGCCCGGCCGGUGCUGGACGAGUUCACCGCCCCGGCGGAGAAGAGCGGCCUCCUGAAGCGGAGCUGCGGCGGCAUCGAGCGCCUCUUCCGGGUGCGCCUGGCCGUGCUGGGGGAGCUGGGCGGAGGGGCCUGGGCGCCCCUGGGGGUCCGGCAGCCCCGGCAGGGCGAGCGCCGCAUCUGGCUCAGCCUCCUCGGCGACCGGGAGAGCGUCCGCAGCGCCAAGGAAUACAUUAAAGGAAUUUGCGAACCUGAAUUAGAAGAGCGGGAGUAUUAUCCCAAAGAUAUGCAUUGUAUAUUUGUAGGCGCCCAGAGCCUCUUCCUGAAUUGCCUCAUUCAGGAUACCUGCGCCGAUAUCAGCGUUGCAGAGACGGGGUUGCUGAAUAUCAAAGGCAGUGCUGAGCCUGUGGUCAUGGCCAGAAGCCACAUUCAGCAGCUGGUGAGCCUCUUCAGGAACAACGAAAACCUACUGAACGGCCGAGAGUCGGAAGUAAAGAAGCGGUUCAAACACCUUGUUGAGGCCCAUGCAGAUAAGUAUACAAUGGACCUGUUGAUCUUACCUAGCUCGCUGAAGAGAGAACUGCUCAACCUUGCGCGGGCCGAGAGUUGCAGAGCGGAAGACAAAACUGUGAACCUUACCGAGGCUGAUGGGGCACCGGAACUUCUCCCAAACGAAGCUCCGAAACAGUGCGCCAGAAGCUGCGAUUUUGGAACGGGACAGGAGGAAGCGCGAAACAACGCAGGGACUCCAGUCACGGAGCUAACCAAGCAGAUGGACACCAUCUUCCCUCAGAGCCCCGAAAAGCAUUUUGUACCCAUAAAUGGUCUGAGUUCACUAGAGAUGUCUGUAGGCAAAGAGAGGCAGUCGUGUAAACGGAGAUCCUCAGAGUCUGAGGAGCGGCUUCCGAAGAAGCAGUUUUCUCUGGAAAACAAUCAGGAGAACGAACGGAAGGGAUGCGGCACACCUGGCGAUGUGUUGGCGAUCAGUCUGGCUGCCAACAGCAGCGACAAGUCAGAGGAUCUGAGCCCGUGCGCUAAAGAAGGUGACGAGAUAAGCGAGGAAAAGGAAUACAUGUUUUUGGUCGACUUCUUCAAAAGCAUGGGCUAUUCGCAGCACAUUGUCGAGAAGGUGAUUGGCGAACACGGACAGUUGACAGAACCCCUCCUGCUGCUGAAAGAAAUUGUAAAGGAGAGCGACAAGUCCUCCGAAGAGGAAGAACAGACUGUUCAGGCAGCACAAGCUAUGAAAGGCAAAUGCAGUCCCAGUAACAACCAGCACUGUGACCUGGGCCAUAAUUCAGAAGAGCCAAAAUACGCAAAACACAACGUGGUAUCUCGUCCCGGGGCACAGUACAAGACUGAACGCGAAUCGCAUUCACCGGACAGUGAAAAUAAAACUCUCCUUGCUUGUGACAGAAGUCCAGUGCACAAAGAUCACCGCAGUCACGGGGGCUUGAACUAUUGUUCUGAACAGUCUCGGGUUUCCCAGAAAAGCGCGAUAGAAAGCGAUGGCCACGUGGUGGCACAUGACAAAACUCAGGGGUUAACGAAAGAUAGGAAACCAAAAGAUACCGUCUUGGUCGCAAGAGGGACCACGGAGACCUCUCGCCAGCCAAUUCAGAAAGAAACUGUGGUGGCUCAGACAUGUGCCGAUCAGCCAGCCGCGAAGCAGGAUCAGAGGGGCUGGUGUAACCCUUUGCAGCACAGAGCCCGGCAGCUCCCUCCUCAAACAGCGAAUCUUCCCGAACAUUCUGCUCAUUAUCCAGAAAGCAGACCAGGGGUUUCGUACGGUUAUCACGCCGACCCCUCAGUCACCGGGGUUCAGAGGUUUCUGGAAUCCCUGAAAACGCCUUACAAGCUGGAACUGAAAAAUGAGCCGGGCAGAGCACACUUGAAGCAUAUCAUAAUAGACGGCAGCAACGUGGCAAUCUCUCAUGGUCUAAACAAGUUCUUCUCCUGUCGGGGGAUUGCAAUCGCAGUUGAAUAUUUCUGGAAGCGCGGCCACCGAAGGAUUACUGUGUUUGUCCCGCAGUGGCGAACGAGGCGGGACCCUUCUGUCACAGAACAGCACUUCUUAACCCAGCUCCAGGAUAUUGGUAUUUUGGCCCUCACUCCUGCAAGAGUUGUUUUGGGAGCCAGGAUCGCGUCUCACGAUGACAGGUUUUUGCUCCAUCUGGCCGAGAGAACUGACGGGGUGAUCGUGACCAACGAUAAUCUGAGAGAAUUUAUAGAUGAAUCGACGUCCUGGAGAGAAAUCAUUCAAAGGAGGCUGCUGCAGUACACUUUUGUUGGAGACAUCUUUAUGGUUCCUGAUGAUCCGAUGGGGCGGAAUGGACCGGGAUUGGAAAUCUUCCUCCAAGACGAGCCCCGUGUCAGGGGCAUCCCAUCCCAUAACGGCCUGGCAAGUGGAAAGCUUCCUCGUCCUGGGAAACCACACUUCCUCACGCAGCCCAGCAGUAGCGAACAAUCGGCAAACGGCUCGUUAUCCUUCUCGCUGUUCCCACCAACACCCCUGCCGAACACAGCGAUCCCCCCACAUCCAAGAUCCGCCGCAGAAACAAGCCACUUAAAAGAAGCCUUGAAAAAAAUAUUCCCUACCUCUGAGCAGAGGGCGAAGAUUGAGGAAAUACUUGUGCAGCAUCCCCACAUGAGAGACAUGAACGCACUCUCUGCCAUGGUACUUGAUUAAGGGCGAUGAGCCACGACCCUCGAAUUUGCAGUUUGGAUUGUUUAAUAUAAAGAUGAUUCUAAGCUGGUGCCAGGCCAUCUGUGAAUAGCCAAAGCUUAAUCCUUUUUGUAUAAAACCAUUGUGAAUAUUCAAAGGAUGUGCGGAU